AUGGAGAAGCAGAUUAAUUCAUCAACUAAAUAAUUUGUUCUCACAGCUAGCACAAGUUGAUGUUCAAUCUUCGUUCACCUAGGUUAACACAAUCUAUUAAUGAAAAUUUUGUUUUGUGGAACAGAAAAACGAAAGGGGCUUUAAAAUGUGAUUGUUAAAGUUGGAACAAACUACAAAGUAAAAAUGCACCUACAGUAGGGAAAACACUACGCCUAAUUGGACAUAAAUCCCCCACCAAUUGACCACGGGGGUUGCUUAAAUGGUCAACACUCCCACCUACAACUCCAGGGUCGCUGGUUCGAGUAACUCCAAUAAAAGUGGAUCAAAGGAUAAUCAAAGGGAAGGGAAAUAAAAAAAAAAAAAGUCCCCACAAAUUGGCUCAAAAUUAAAAUCCUUUAGGCUCUAAUACAUACUAGUAGGAAAAAUACAUGCGCAUAAGUUAAAUGGACUUUAAAUGGUGCAAACAAAUUAAUUUCAUUAUCAAUGUACAUAACUUUUAAGUGUACAUGAAUUCACGCUUUAUUUAAUGACUGAAUUUAUUAGCAAGACAUUAUUAACACAGCUAUUGGUUAAAUAUACUAACCGUUACCUUUGAAAGGUUCUGCACUUGGCGCCACCAAUACAUUUCACCAGUAACAGCCGAACAUAACCAUUCCUCCUUUCCCCAACAAUAAAACAGGACACAAUUUCUUUUUUCCACCUUUCUGUUACAAAAUUAGUCCAAAACAUGGGACUCCAUAAAAUUGUUAUCAUCACUACUAUCGUCUCUUUUCUCAGCAUUACUAAGUCAACUCAUCCUCCAUUUUCAUGUGACAUAUCCAAUCCAGAUACCAGAAAAUUUCGAUUCUGUAAUUCCUCAUUACCCAUUACGCAAAGAGUAGAUGAUCUAAUUUUACACCUGAAUUUGGACGAGAAAAUAUCACAAUUGGGUAACACAGCACCAGCCAUUCCACGGCUAAAUAUCCCUGCUUAUGAGUGGUGGUCAGAGGCGUUACACGGACUAUCGACAGAAGGAGAAGGGGUUACUUUUAAUGGAAGUAUUACAUAUGCAACACAGUUCCCUCAGAUCAUUCUUACUGCUUCUACUUUUGAUGAACAUCUCUGGUAUCGUAUUGCUCAGGUAUAUAUUAUUUUGCUCUAUUUAGAGGCAAGAGCAGUAUACAAUGCUGGUGAACUAAAGGGAAUGACAUUCUGGGCACCAAAUGUGAACAUAUUAAGGGAUCCAAGAUGGGGAAGAGCACAAGAGACAGCUGGUGAAGACCCAAUGAUGGUUGGAAAAUAUGCAGUGGCUUAUGUAAGAGGACUUCAAGGGGAUAGUUUUGAAGGUGGAAAACUCAAAGAUGGGCAUCUUCAAGCUUCAGCUUGCUGCAAGCACUUUGCUGCUCAAGAUUUAGAUUACUGGAAUGGCCACCAUCGUUUCACCUUCGAUGCUCAGGUUACACCACAGGAUAUGGCAGAUUCAUUUCAACCACCAUUUAAGACUUGUGUGGAAGAAGGAAAAGCCACCAGUCUAAUGUGUGCUUAUAGUCGUCUAAAUGGGGUCUCGAACUGUGCUAACUAUGAUCUCCUGACUAAGACUGCUCGUGGACAGUGGGGUUUCAACGGUUACAUUAUAUCAGAUUGCGAUGCAAUUCGUGUUAUGCACAAUGCCCAGGGAUACACAAUUGAAGAUGCAGUUGCAUCUUCUCUCAAAGCUGGUAUGGAUGUAAAUUGUGGUUCCUUCGUGACAAAUUACACGAGAUUAGCUAUGGAGAAGAAGAAAUUACAAGAAUCUGAUAUAGACAGAGCCCUUCGCAAUAUCUUCUCCAUUAGAAUGAGGCUAGGACUAUUCAAUGGUGAUCCAAAAAAACUGGAAUAUGGAGACAUUUCUCCUAUAGAGGUUUGUAGUAAAGAGCACCAGGAUCUAGCCCUUGAAGCAGCAAGAAAUGGCAUUGUCCUUCUAAAGAAUUCUGCCAGACUGCUUCCGCUUUCUAAGAUCAACACAACAUCCUUUGCUGUAAUAGGUCCAAAAGCAAACGAUUCUCACUUACUUCUAGGUAAUUAUGCAGGCAUUCCCUGCAAUAAUGUUUCAUUACUCCAAGGAUUUCAGCAUGUUGUGAAAAACUUAGGCUAUCAUCCAGGCUGCAAUUUUGUCAACUGCACUUCUGCUGCAAUAGAUGAAGCAGUCGAUGUUGCCAAAAAGGCACAGUUUGUUUUUUUAGUGAUGGGAUUGGACCAGCGUGUGGAGAGGGAGAACUGGGAUCGCAUAGAUUUGGGGCUACCUGGCCAGCAAGAGAUUCUUAUUAACGCAGUAGCUCAAGCUGCUGUAAAACCUGUUAUACUGGUGUUAGUAGGUGGAGGCCCAAUUGAUAUUUCUUUCGCCAAGAAAAACCCGAAAAUCGGAGGCAUCUUGUGGAUUGGUUACCCUGGAGAGGCUGGUGCGGCUGCAUUGACACAGAUUAUAUUUGGUGAACAUAAUCCAGGGGGCAGGUUACCAGUGACUUGGUAUCCUAAGGAAUUCAUAAAAGUACCAAUGACAGACAUGAAUAUGAGGCCUAAUUCAUCGACUGGAUAUCCGGGGCGCACUUACAGAUUCUACCAAGGGCCGAAAGUUUAUGAAUUUGGCUAUGGUCUUAGCUACACUAACUAUUCAUACAAAAUUGCCUCUGUCAGCCAUCACAACCUCUACUUCAAUAACCAAACAACUGACAAGUCAACAAAACAAGAUUCACAUCAUAAUAUUGCAAUUUCAAAUCUUGGAUCAGAGGUUUGCAGCAAGGCUAAGAUGUCAGUUAAGGUUGUGGUGAAAAACAAGGGAAAAAUUGCUGGUAAACAUCCUGUGUUGUUGUUUCUUAGGCAUUCCAAGGUGAAGGAUGAUGAGGUUCCAAGAAAGCAGUUGAUUGGAUUCAAGAGUGUACAAUUAGGUGCAGGAGAAAAAACCAAGAUUAAAUUUAUUGUGAACCCUUGUGAACACUUUACAAGGGCUGAUAAAUAUGGUAUAUCAGUAAUUGAUGAAGGGAAAUAUUUUCUUGUUGUGGGAGAUGAGAAGAAACCUGUUACUGUUUCCAUAUGACCCUUUAAAUCAUAUAUAAAACUACAGUCUUAAUAAUUAGAUCACAUUUGUAGUGUGCAUUUUAGUACUGUAAAGACUAUUCAUCUCCUUAUUGGAUUCAGUUGAUUUUUGUCCCUAACCCAUA